AUGGCGGAUGGGGACAGUGGCAGUGAGCGCGGUGGCAGUAGCGGUGGAGGAGGAGGUGGUAGUGGCGGUGGCGGUGGCGGUGGCGGAGGCGGCGGCGGCGGAGGCGGUGGAGGCGGUGGUGGUUUCCAGCACUAUCAGCGGGAGUCGGAGACUCAGGAGCUGGCGUCGAAGCGCCUGGACAUACAGAACAAGCGCUUCUAUCUGGACGUGAAGCAAAACGCUAAAGGCCGGUUCAUUAAGAUCGCCGAGGUGGGAGCCGGGGGCUCCAAAAGUCGCCUGACCCUGUCCAUGUCUGUCGCUGCGGAGUUCCGUGACUAUCUGGGGGAUUUUAUAGAGCACUACGCGCAGUUGGGGCCUAGCACUCCUGAGCAGAUCGCGCAGUCCUCCGGUGGGGAUGACACCGGGCCUAGACGGGCCUUAAAGAGCGAGUUCCUGGUGCGGGAAAAUCGCAAAUACUACCUCGACCUUAAAGAAAACCAGCGGGGUCGCUUUCUCCGUAUCAGACAGACCGUGAACCGAGGCCCGGGCUUCGGAGUGGGAAUGGGCGGCAUGCAGGGAGCUGGCAUGCAGGCUGGUCAGACCAUCGCACUCCCGGCCCAGGGCUUAAUUGAGUUCCGUGACGCCCUGGCAAAGUUGAUAGACGACUACGGUGGCGAUGAGGAGGAACUGUCCGGUGGCGGAGGGGCAGGGGGCUACAGCGAGCUCCCAGAGGGCACAUCCAUCAUGGUGGACUCCAAACGAUUCUUCUUUGACGUGGGGUCCAACAAGUACGGAGUGUUUCUGCGAGUGAGCGAAGUCAAACCCAGUUACAGAAACUCUAUAACUAUCCCAUUUAAAGCUUGGAGUAAGUUUGGAGGCGCGUUCAGCCGCUACGCAGAGGAGAUGAAGGAGAUCCAGGAGCGGCACCGGGAUAAGAUGUACGAGAGGAGAACCGGAGACGAGUCUGAGGGUGACGAUGUGGACGACGAUUGA